UGUGUGAAAACUUGCCUUUUCUUCUGCAAGUCGGUCUGGGAAAUUCAUUUACUGACAGGAUCUGAAUUGCUGUUGAAAUGUCAUGCGACUUCAUGUUCUCAGAUGUGGAUUUCAAUUCCUGACUUUGCUGCCAGAACCACUGAGUGCUGAUUUUUAUGGGGUAGAGUUUCAAUGUGAAGUUGCUGUAAAAACACUGUCCCAUCAGGCUAUUUAAGACUGCCUGCAAGCUACAGAUCCUGAAAGCCUUACAGGUGAAGUUGUGGAAAUGUUUUAUUUCUCUUCAUUGCCACAGAUCCACCUGAGAAAAUGUUGCAGAUCCUCCCAAUGCUGCUGCUGGAAACACAGCUCUCCAUGGUUUCAGCUUUAUUUACAGUUGAAGUUCCCCAACAGCUGUACGUUGUGGAGUAUGGGAGCAAUGUGACCAUGGAAUGCAGAUUCCCUGUGAACGGCUCAUUAAACCUAGGACUCCUGACUGUUGUUUGGGAGCAAAAAAGGCAGGGCCAGUCGAAAUCAAGAGAGGUGUACACGCUCCGCAAGGGGAAGACUUCCUCUCUAUCCCAACAUCACGAUAACAUAGGAAGAGCAGCACUUCUGCACAGUGAACUGAAAUUGGGACGAGCUCUCCUUCAGAUCACCAGCGUGAAGAUCACAGAUGCAGGAUCAUACCUUUGUCUCAUUGACUACCAGGGGGUGGACUACAAGUACAUUACUUUGGAAGUAAAAGCAUCUUACAAAAGAAUAAACACACAAGUAAUGAGAAAACCAGGUGAAGACAAGUUUGUUUUUAUGUGCCAGUCAGAAGGCUUUCCUUUGGCAGAGGUUUUCUGGCAAAAUGAGAAGAACUUCAAUCUCAGUGGAUCUGCAAAUACCACCUAUACGCUGACCACAGAUGGUCUUUACAAUGUCACCAGCAUCCUGACGUUCAAACCAAGUAUGAGUGAGAACUACAGCUGCGUGUUCUGGAAUAAAGAACUGAAUGGAGAAACUUCAGCUCACAUUUCCACUUUAGCUUUAAUGAGUACACAGUAUAGUGGACAAAAAUCCCCGAUCUUAUUUAUUGUCCCCACAUGUGUGAUGGUAGCUGUCCUUCCCUCUGCACUAAUAAUCUUUAAAAAGAGAAAAUCAUUCAAGAAUGGGCAACCCAGAAAAGAGAGGAAAAGAAAACUGAACCCUAACCUGAAAGAUGAGAACAGAGAUGAUUUUAACUCUCAAACUGAGGCUUUAUACUUGUCGACUGUCACAGCUUCAAGAGACAGUGGGAGUGUGGGUCUGUGAAAAGUAUUCAUCUCCCAUGCCGUAAUUUGCACAUUUUGUAUCUGGUUUUGGGGACUUCAAAGGAAAGUUACAGCACUUUAGCUUUGGGAUGAACAGUGAACUCAUGGGGAUUUAUUGGCACUGCAGCAAUGGAAAGCUAUGCCUCUUCAGAAACCAUAUCCUGAAGUUACUGAGAAUUAUGCUGUCAUCAAAUGUGGUUUACCAUUGUGAAGAGGUUAUCUGAGUGCCUUUGAUACACUUUACUUAUGGACUUACUCAAGGAAUUUUUGUUUAAGAAUGCCUUUAUUAACUGUUCCAGUCUCAGGAACGGUGCUUGGAUUCAAACAUCUUGUGGGAAUUUGAAUGAAAACUGCAUACGCUAUCUUAUGUCUAAACAGUCAUCUUUCAAGUGGAGACAUCAUUACAUGCCCGUAUCUCAUUUCCAAGCUUUCCAACACAUUAAACUGGAAAUUACCACAAGUACGCACCAGCAUGGCAAUAUAUGGAAGAUAUUUCAUAUAACAAAAUCAAUAAGAGGUUGAAGUUAAAUCAAAGGACAAGA